GACGGGGAGACUCUGACGAUGUUGGGGCGUCCGCUCAGGUUUCCCCGCACCCACACCCCUUCUGUCACCCCUGCAAGUGCAGGGAGGACAGGCGGGCAGAGAAGAAGUAAAAGUUUGCAAAACAUCUUCUGGCCACUUUGUCAGCUGGACGGGAUGAGCAGUGUGAAAAGCCAGUGGAUGUGAAGAAGAGUAAGUCCUGUGAGGCUGACAUCCCCACCGAUCUUCGAAAAGAAGUAGAAAGUCAUUACAGGCUUUCUCUGCCAGAAGAUUUCUAUCACUUCUGGAAGUUCUGUGAAGAACUCGAUCCUGAAAAGCCAGCUGAUUCACUUUCUCUAAGCCUUGGACUUCGAUUAGUGGGUCCUUAUGAUAUCCUUGCCGGGAAACAUAAAAUGAAGAAAAGGUCAGCUAGCCUGAAUUGUAACCUUCACUGGCGAUUCUACUAUGAUCCUCCAGAGUUCCAGACCAUUAUCAUCGGAGACAGUAAAACCCAAUUCCACAUGGGCUAUUUCAGGGAUUCUCCUGAUGAACUUCCUGUGUUUGUUGGUACAAAUGAAGCAAAGAAAAAUUGUGUAAUUGUUCCAAAUGGUGAUAACGUGUUUGCUGCAGUCAAAUUAUUUUUGAUGAAAAAACUGAAAGAAGUAACAGAUAAAAAGAAAAUUAGUCUCUUGAAAAACAUAGAUGAGAAACUCACAGAAGCAGCCAGAGAACUGGGGUUCUCGCUGGAGCAGAGAACUGCAAAGAUGAAACAGAGAGAUAAGAAAGUUGUGACAAAGACCUUUCAUGGUGCAGGCUUGGUUGUUCCAGUAGAUAAAAAUGAUGUUGGAUACAGAGAGCUCCCAGAAACAGAUGCCAACCUCCGGAGAAUCUGUAAGACCAUCGCUGAGGCCCCUGGUGACGAUGAGAGACUGAAAGCUUUCGCGCCCAUUCAGGAAAUGAUGACUUACGUGCAGUUUGCUAACGAUGAGUGCGAUUACGGGAUGGGGCUUGAGCUGGGGACGGACCUUUUCUGUCACGGUUCCCACAAAUUAUCGAGGGUCACCUGGCAGACAGGAGGAGAGACGAUGUGGACCAGCUUGCAGUGUAAGCGAGGGCACCUCUCUGGUGCCCAGGACUGGAAGCAUUCGUGUGGAACUUGUUUUUUAAGGGAUACUGAAAAUAAACUGACGGAAACAUUUACUAAAACCUCUUACAAAGCUCCCCUGGCCCGGCUUGCUUUCUCUCACACACAAUUGGACCCUGUGUGGUGCCACCUUAGUGCCAUGCGGACCACAACCACUGCUGUCCUCUACAGUGUCACAGGAGUCAUCACUGAUGCCUGAGGACGAGCCCCCCGUCUUCUCCGCCCGGAGCCCUGAUGCAUGAUUCACAAGGGAGACAAGGAAUUUCUUUCCGAGACAGUGAUCAGAAGGCAGGGGUGUGCUCAGAGCACGAGCCCGGGCCCCUCCCUGGAGGUGGCACUCUGCUGGCUCUGCCCAUACUCGGCACUCAGUGUAGCCUGGUGUGUGUCAGUCGGGUGUAUAACCAACCUACCACGGGUUUGGACUUUAGUUUUCCAUUGGAUUUCCAGUUCUGUGGGUAGCUGUAUUUUACCAGAUGCAGAUCCUUCCUAAACCUGACAAAAAAAAAAAUCCUGCACCUUAAAGCUCAGAGCCAACUGUGCAGUGCAAACUGUGGACGGGGCCAAAAAGCCCAUUAUCAGUGUUUCCCUCAUAGGAGGGAGGCUGGAGGUCGAAAAGCCCUCAGGUCACCUAGUUUACCCCAUUUUGUGGAAGACUGAUCUGACCUGCCUCCUUAAAGCAGGUGGGAGGUACUUACCUUUAUGACGAAAGGUGAGGACACACUUGGUCAGGAUUUUCAAUAUGGGUCCAUGUCUUAACUCCUGCUCAGACUGUGAGCAUCAUAAGGACAUGACAUCAGGAGUAGGUCCCUCUCAGUUACACAAGCUCCUGAAUGUAUAUGGAUUUGUUAAAUACCAAGUAUCUACACUGGAGUUCCCAUGGUGGCACAGUGGAAACAAAGCCAACUAGAAGCCAUGAGGAUGUUG